AUGUCGUCUGACGACGAAGAUGAAGAUUUCAAGCUGGCAGUGGCUUUGUCAUUGCAGGAGAACUCAAGUGCUGCGCCGCCCGUUUCAGUCGCAAGACACGAGACUGUGGAUCUCACUUCUGAUACUGAAGACGAGGAUGAGGAUGACGAUCUUAGACGAGCGGUCGCACUGUCUCUCCAGGAAAGUGAGCCAGUUGUCCGCACAGACAAUGUUGUGAGAGAAGUCUCGUUGCCCUCACAGCACGACACUACCGCGGGCGAUGCGAGGAAAGACUCGACAAAGCCACCCGCAGCUAUCUCAGAGUCAAAAGCUUCAACCAGCACAACAGGUCCUGUAGGCAUCAUGGGACUUGAUCGUAAAGCCAUGGAGCAAGAACGCCUUGCAAGGCUUGGUAAGCGGAAGCGCGAGCCAUCGCCGGACCGGCCUUCGAAGCAGAUCGGGAGGACUCCAUCUUCAGAAACCUCAUCAAGCUUCGAUAAUUUGCAGUAUUCCAGAGGAACCGUCAAACGUACAUUCGCGACAAAGUACCCGCGGACUGACGAUAUCACCAUCGACGAAGUCCUGCAGGCAUCUAGUGUCAAUAUCGCGGUUAUUAGCUCAUUCAUGUGGGAUACAGAAUGGGUUUACAAGAAGCUCGAUCCCACAAAAGUCAAGCAAAUUUGGAUCAUGAACGCCAAGGACCAGGAUGUCCAGGAAAGAUGGGUACGGGAGAUGAAGGAGACAGGCGUUCCUAAUCUGAAAAUCCAUUUCCCGCCCAUGGACGGUAUGAUCCACAGCAUGCAUAGCAAGUUCAUGUUGCUGUUCGGGAAAGCCAAGCUGCGGUUUGUUGUGCCGACUGCGAACAUGACGCAGAUUGACUGGGGAGAGGUUGCGAAUGACUGGCAACCCGGAGUUAUGGAGAACUCGGUGUUCUUGAUAGACCUUCCGCGAAGAUCUGAUGAGGCAAUAGGGAGUAGGAUGGAGCUGCCACGCUUUGGACAAGAGCUUGUUUACUUUUUGGAGCAGCAGAAGGUUGGGCAGAACGUCAUUGAAGGCGUGCUGAAAUUUGACUUCUCGCAAACCGGUCAUCUUGCGUUUGUCCACGCUAUUGGCAGCGCACACAAUAUCGAUUCCCAUCCUACAGGCCUUCCAGGUCUCACGCAAGCUAUACAAGACCUGCAACUCGAUAAUGUCAAAGACAUCGAACUUGACUAUGCAGCCUCCUCGCUCGGUGCCAUCAACGACACGUUCCUUCAGCGCAUCUACCUUGCAGCGUGUGGGGAGCCCUUUACUACGGAUUCCAACUCCUCGCACGUGCGGGAUCACAUCCGAAUCUACUUCCCAACCAACGAUACGGUUGAGAAGAGUAUCGGGGGCCGUGAUUGUGGUGGCAUCAUCUCACUCACUAGACAGCACUACAACGCAACUACCUUUCCCAAAGAGUGUUUGCGCGACUAUGACUCGACCCGUCGAGGCAUGCUCUCGCAUAACAAGCUGCUCUUUGCGCGUGGCCGCAAGAAAGAUGGCAAGCCAUUUGCUUGGGUGUACAUUGGGUCUGCCAACGUCUCGGAGUCGGCUUGGGGAGGUCAGAAGGUGCUCAAGAGCGGCAGAAUGGGGAGCUUGAACGUUAGGAAUUGGGAGUGUGGCGUCGUGGUGGCGGUGCCAGACAGCAGGAUGAAGGGGGUGGUGCCGAGCAAGGACACUACGAUACCCCCUAUGAGCGUUUUCGAAGGAACUGUCGAGGUUCCGUUUGUGUGUCCAGGCCAGUCUUAUCAAGGACGAGAGCCGUGGUUCUUCAGAACUGGAUGA